AUGAUGGCAACAGAUAGGCCUGGAAAACUGUUAAUAGGAGGCCUCAGUGCUGAAACAACGGAGAAGUCUCUUGAAGCUGAGUUUGGGAAAUACGGUCACAUUGUGGAAGUUCUCUUGAUAAAGGAUCAAAACACAAACAAGUCAAGAGGCUUUGCUUUCAUCACUUUUGAGAGCCCUGAAGAUGCAAAGGAUGCUGCCAAAGAAAUGAAUGGAAAGUUUUUGGAUGGAAAAACAAUUAAAGUAGAACAAGCCAAUAAACCAUCUUUUGAAAGUGGUGGUAGACAGAGACUGCAACCUCCUGCAAGAAACAGGGGCCAUCCAAGAAAUCUAAGAUGGGAAAGAGGAAGAACUGGUGGAGCAAGAGGGCAUGUGUUUCGUGGAGGAGACUUUGGUGAUAAUGGAUAUAAUCUCAACAUGAGCUCUUCAGGAGGACCCUAUCCAGUUAAAAGAGGACCAUCUUCAAGACGUGAAGGUCCUUCUCCGAAAAGAUCUGCUCCUUCUGCUCAAGGGCGAAGCCGUAGUGGGAUGAGAGGACGAGGUCCAGUAUUGCGAAGAGAAAAUUACAGAGGAGGUCCUCAUAGAGAGCCAGUGUCUUCUCGGAGAGAUAACUAUGUGUCACCAAGAGAUGAUGGUUAUGCUACUAAAGACAGUUACUCAGGCAGAGAUUAUCCAAGUCCGAGAGACACCAAGGAUUAUGCUCCACCGUCUAGAGAGUAUGCAUACCAUGAUUAUGGCCAUUCAAGUUCUUGGGAUGGUCAUGCCUCCAGAGGACAUAGUGAUCGUGAUGGCUAUGGUGGAAACCGUGAUAGAGAUUAUUUUGAACAUCGAACUGGAGGCUCUUACAGGGAUUCAUAUAAGAGUUAUGGGGGCUCCCAUGGUGCUCUCUCAGGAAGAGGUCUGCCUCUGAGUUAUGGCAGAAGAAGUCGCUAUGAUGAUUAUAGCAGUACAAGAGAUAGAUACGGAGGAGGGCAGAAAAGUUACUCAAGCAGCCAAGGUUAUACAUACUUAAGUAGUCGUGACCGUGGUGGAAGACAAGAACGAGGAUUUCCAUCCUUGAAGGAUAGGGUGUACCCUGCUCCUCGUGAGUCAUACAGUAGCUCAGGUUGUGAAACUUCCAGGGGAGGUCAUGGGGGAAGCAGAUCUGAAAGAGUAGGCCGAAACAGAUACUAA